AUGGCUCCGUCUCACAAUCUCACCACCGAAGAAGAUCUCCGUGCCUAUCUGGCUACACACAGUCAAGCGCCAGUUACUAUCACCCUGCUUACAGGCGGAACAGCGAACUAUGUAUAUCGCGUCAGGAACACCGAUGGUUCUACGACAAUCUUCAAGCAUGCUGCACCAUUCCUCCGGAUCAAUAAGGCCUUUCAAUUCGACCAAAUGCGCAUGGACUUUGAAGCCCACAUACUCGAGAUCAUAUCGCCUGUCGACGGUGUAGGCCUCCUGGCAGAUCGACUUCCCAACUCGACGGUACACGUUGUACGUCUACUGAAGUAUGACAAAGGGGAGAAGCUUCUAGCCAUCGAAGACGGCGGCGACCAGAAUCUAAAGGAUGCUUAUACUAAUUCAAACCUCGAUGUUCCUGGAAUUGCAAGAGAGUUAGGUCAAUGGCUGGCUGCACUCCACAUAUGCUCUAGAGAGACAUCGCUUGCACUUUCCUCGCAUGAAACAAAUGUCAGAGGAAACAAUCCUGUCGGGUUAUCUAUAUAUCGACACUCGUACAGCAACCUACACACAGCCCUCAAAAAGUAUGGAUAUGAUACAAAGCUUGCUGAGCGCAUCAACGAAGAUUUUGGCAGCCUGAUCGCGACAGACGAUGAAUGCAUAUGUCAUGGAGACUUCUGGCCUGGUAACGUCCUGGUUCGGCUCAACGACAUCCCAGAUGGAAAGCCGGCAGACCUUACAAUCGUGGACUGGGAGAUGGUACGUCGUGGCACGAGCGCGACAGAUGUUGGACAAUUCGCAGCCGAAGCAUUCCUACUCGAUCGGUUUCGAGGUGGCAGAGGCCUGCGUCCUGCCUUCUUGAGGGCAUACAUCAUGGCCAGGGAGAGCGAUGGUAUGCAAAUUGGAAAGACGUGGGUGAAGAGAAUGGUAGUGCAUUGGGCUGUGCAUGUUGCGUUCUGGCCUACUAGAGUGGAGUGGACAGAUGAAGAGAGUACGCGCAAGCUGGUUGAUUUGGGCGUUGCAGUGCUAGAUGACGUCUUGGAUGGUGAGUGGGAGAAGGUUAUGAAGUCGCCCCUAUUAGAAGAUGUGGAGGAUGAGUGGUGGCCAGUUAUCAGGAGAGCAUGA